CUAAAGGUAUAAAAGCAGGAACAAGUAUCAUUUAUAGUGCCUAUUUCUGCAUCAGAGUUUGGCAAAACUUUUGCUCUAAACCAAGUGCCUAUUGCAUGGAUUCAGGUUUUGCUAAUAAAUUUAAAAUCUGGCAAGUUCACAGGAGUUGAGUGUUGGAAGAUGGCUGCGAUUUUCAGAUGACCAGGCAGAACCCAAGCAAAAGUUUGCAGUUUUAUAAUGCAUUUUUAGGAUUAUUUUCAAUUUUAUGGGUCAAAUGUUCCUCAACAAAGGUUAGGCCUUCUUUGGUUAGUCAGUGUUGCAGGGAACUGCUAAAAGUGGCAAAAGUUGCCAUUAUCAUUUUUUUAUUUCGAUGCCUUUACGCCCCAGACCACACAUUUAGCUAAACUGGCACUAUUUAACUAGGGAAAUGAUAAGAGGCACAUUUUUAAAAAUUCCCUUCCCCAUCUGAUUCACUCUUCCUAUAAAGCUUUGAUUAUUCGUUAACUUGCUUCCAACAUGUCUGUUUUAAUCAGUAAAUUGCACCUGUUCCAGGCUUUGCCCAAUUACCAGGACCCACCAGGGGUCACUGCUGUUUCAGAGCUAGUGUGCCCACGGGUCCACGAUUGCUGCUGGAGGCUGGAAGGGCGUGGAGUGCUGGGGUGCAGCGCUGAGCUUUAUUCACUGUGACCCUGCCCCUCUGCUGCGCUCCAGCGUUCACCGUCUGGAAACGGUCACAACCGAACAAGUGACCCGUCCUGGAACCCAGCUGGAGCACAGGUUUAGAUGGGACAAGGCCGACUGACUCAUCGCUCUCAGCUGCGGACUAGCCUUUCAGCGAGCGGCCACCCGAUCCCUCAUUGUCCUCCGCUCCCAGCCGGGGCCCCUGGGACUGCAGGAAGAACGACCCGGCUCUCAAAUCCUGAGCUCGUCUUCCCAGCGGGAGGGCCCCUGGCUUUCGGGAUCGCCCCCGUCUAGCCAGGGAGAGAACUUUCCCCAGGAGCAAGCCUCCAGUGCUGCUCGCGGGCUGGUCCCCCCGCGCCUUGGGCUCUGUGGCUACCCCCGAGAGAAGCUGAGGAAGGUGCUUCUGUCCUCCCCCGCUGCAGCCGGACAGCCGCAGGGCUUUCAGAAGCUGGCUCGGUCCUCCCGGCGUCCUGGUCCGCGAGCUGUGGCGGACGUAGCGCCCGGGAGGUCAUCUCCUGCCUGGACAGAGCAGGUUGUCCCAGGGCCAUGCACUUGAGCUCCUCAGCCAGACGACACGCAUAGCUCGCCCCGGCCUUCGGCUCUGACAAGCCCUCCCCAGGCCGGUCACCUGGGAGCCUGCACCGGACAACCCCUGUGCACACCUGAGCUGGGCCAACCGCGCUACCCCUCGUUCCCUCCUCCGCAGCCUAGGCCGCCUCCCUUUUCUGGAAGACCCCGGUGUCCCCUACACAAAAGAAACGCAAGCCUCCAGCUCCCGCCCUCCAUUCUCUGUCCCUAAGUGUGAGGUGAACCCACCCUGGCAGCUGGGCCGCCGCUGGGCGGGGCGGAAACCCGGAGCCCGAGCACCGGCGGCCGAGGGUGAUGUGAGGGAGAGGAGGAGCCCAAGCUGCCGCGGGGUACUCACUCACUUGGGCCAGGUGGACCAGACCUUGCCGUCGGUCCUGGAAGUCGAAGAAGAGAGAAGAAAAAGGCCAGCGAGGGACGCCAGCACUUGUCUUUCCUUCUCCCCAGUUGCUAUAAGACAUUCGUUUCUCCCAGGGUUGCAGGAGAGGCUUUUCUCACCCGUCCCCCCACGCCCUUCCUCCUUCUCCUCUUCCUCCUCACCCGACUUCAGAAGAGAGCUGCUGGAGACCCAGGAUGUGCGGGGAUAGUCGGUCUUGCUGGUGCGAUUCAGCCGAAGCUUCUAGGUCCCCUGGUGACUUUUGACUCCCAAGGCAGGGACGACCUAACCAGUCCUUGGGGCCUUUUGUGAACUGUGGACUGCAAAAUCCUCUCCGAGCUACUUGCCCCCUUUUCUGUCCUUGGCACUGGAUAAUACAGAUCAGAGCCUUGUAGGAAGGGGGUGAUUACGGAGCCAGUGUCUGUUUUCUUUCUUUCCUCCAGCGGACAUCAAAAGCAGACAUGGGCUGUUUCUGUGCCGUCCAGGAAGAAUUUUAUUGCGAAGUUUUGCUCUUGGAUGAGUCAAAGUUAAUUCUCACUACCCAACAGCAAGGGAUCAAGAAGUCAACGAAAGGUUCUGUUAUCCUUGACUACAUAUUCCAUCAUAUAAACCUAGUGGAGAUAGAUUAUUUUGGACUGCGUUACUGUGACAGAAACCAUCAGACGUACUGGCUGGAUCCUGCAAAAACCCUUGCAGAACACAAAGAACUGAUAAACACUGGCCCUCCAUAUACUUUUUAUUUUGGCAUCAAAUUCUAUGCUGAAGAUCCCUGUGAACUUAAAGAAGAAAUAACCAGGUAUCAAUUUUUUUUGCAGGUGAAACAAGAUGUGCUACAAGGGCGACUGCCCUGUCCAAUCAACAUUGCUGCUCAGCUGGGAGCAUAUGCUCUCCAAUCUGAACUUGGAGAUUAUGACCCAUAUAAGCACACUGCAGGAUAUGUGUCUGAGUACCGAUUUGUUCCAGAUCAAAAGGAAGAACUUGAAGAUGCUAUAGAACGAAUACACAAAACUCUAAUGGGUCUAGUACCUUCUGAGGCAGAAAUAAAAUACUUGGGAAUUGCCAAAUCCCUGGAAAUGUAUGGAGUUGACCUCCAUCCUGUCUAUGGAGAAGGCAAGUCUGAAUAUUUCUUAGGUUUAACUCCUGUGGGUGUGGUUGUCUACAAGAAUAAGAAACUAGUAGGGAAAUAUUUCUGGCCACGAAUUACAAAAGUUCACUUUAAAGAGACACAGUUUGAACUCAGAGUGCUGGGAAAAGAUUGCAAUGAAACCUCCUUCUUUUUUGAAGCCCCAAAUAAAAGCACUUGCAAACAUCUCUGGAAGGGUUGUGUUGAGCAUCAUACAUUCUUUAGAAUACCAGAAAAUGAAUCAAAUUCUUUGUCAAGAAAACUCAGCAAGUUUGGUUCCAUGAGUUAUAAACACCGAUACAGGACAGCCUUACAAAUGAGCCGAGAUCUUUCUGUUCCUCUCCCUCGGCCCGAUCAGAAAGUGGAAAGAAGUCGGAGCAAGACAUACCCUAAGAGAACAGCACAAAUACAGCCAUCAGGAUCAAACAGCAUAAACCAGGUUACUGCAAAUAUGGAAAAUGGAGUGAAUGAAGGAACCACCAAAAUUAUUGCCCCUUGCCCAAUUAAAAGCUUCAAGAAGUCAAAAUUCGAAAAUAGCCCUGAAACCCAAAGAAGCAAAACAAAUGCACCAUGGGAGGAAAAUGGACCACAGGGAGGACUGUACAAUUGUUCCAAUGACCGUAAUAAAUCACCAAAGUUCCCUUAUUCACGGAGACGAAACCCAUCUGGCAGUAGUGACCAUGAGCCUGGACAGCCAAUUAGGAGAAGGAAAGCACGUAACAGUGGUGAAGACUCAGAUCUAAAGCAAAGGAGAAGGUCCCGCUCACGCUGUAACACAAGUAGUGGUAGUGAAUCUGAAAAUUCUAAUAGAGAACAUCAGAAAAAGAGAAACAGGUUAAGGCAGGAGAAUGGCAUGGUUGAUUCAGUGCCUCAGUGGGAAGCGGCAUUGAGACAUCAAAAUGAGAAAAAUGAAGCCAACCCUAAUAACCGGCGAUCCAGACACAGAUCACGCUCGAGAAGCCCAGAUGUCCAAGCAAAAGAAGAGCUAUGGAAACAUAUUCAGAAAGAACUCGUGGAUCCUUCUGGAUUGUCAGAAGAACAAUUAAAAGAGAUUCCUUACACCAAAAUAGAGACUCAAGGUGACCCAAUUCGCAUUAGGCAUUCUCACUCCCCUCGAAGUUACCGCCAGUACCGAAGAUCUCAAUGUUCAGAUGGAGAGAGAUCCGUUCUGUCAGAAGUGAAUACAAAGACUGAUCUUGUGCCACCUCUUCCUGUGACUCGAUCUUCAGAUGCACAAUGUUUUAGUGGUUCUACUUCCUAUCAGAUUAGAAUUGGGUCUAAAGACAGCCUUAUACAAGAAAAACCUCAGAUAUCUACAAGCAACUUGGAUGGAAAACACAGCACAAAGAUAAUAAAGACCAUACAAACAUCCCACUUCAAAAUAGACACUUGAUCUGUGACAAAGUACCAGUAUUGUUCCUUGGAAUCUAUAAACUAUGCCAUUGUUAACUUAAUCUAGUGCUUCAAUGUACAAGAUCUUUAAAUGUCAGUACUUUUUGGUUUAAAGGCCUGAAAGAUAUUUAAGUUAAACUGUUAAGCAAAUCUGA